CUUCAAAUCGGAAAUCUAAACCUAAAAACGAAAACACUCGAGCUAUUUCUGCUCUCCGGUACCGGGAAUCUCGUGUUGGGAGUAAUUAUUGUGAUUUAAGAAAGCUACAAUGGCGAAGAGAGAGAUUAGUAGCACUCUGAAAAAUCUAAAGUUUAUGCAAAGGUCUGCUCUGAAAGUAGAGAAGAAGAAGGCUGAUGAAGAGCCUCAUGGGGAUUUUCCUUCCCUCGGCACUGUUGCAAAGAAGUGUGUGGUUAUAACAGACUGGGAUCCUCAGCCAGGAGCAUUGUUAGGACGCAUGUCAUUUCAGUCUUUCAAUCCCUCUAUCGAGAAAUUGAAUGAAGAGGCAACAAACGGCGGAAAAGCAGAUGCCACAAGCUCUAGCAGUAAUGGAGGAAAAAUGUCUUUUAGUGAACCGGAGAAUUCGAAGGUUCAGCCUAGUCGGGAAACGAAUGGUGACCUGAAAAGAAAACAGUCUGAGGUAGUCUCUGAGGAACUAAACCGUCCAAACAAGUCCCCGAGAAGCAGUGACAAACCAUCACCGAGCAAUUAUAAAGGCAAUGGUUUCAAGAAACCGAAGAGCAAGAAAGUGGACUGGAGCGUUUUGAAGCCACCAAAACCUCAAACCAAAUAGGGUUUAAUUUAGCUAACUGCAGCAACCUAUUUUGCCAUUAGUUAUCGGUUCAUAUGUGCUACAGUGCUAGUACAUCAUAUGUUGCGCUGUCUGUAUCAUGAUUGGCUUGGUGUUGCAACCCGUUUGAUAAAUUAUAGCCAAAAGUUUUGAAAAUUCUAUUUCGGUGUUGUAUGCUUGUGGUAGUUCCAGAUCUAUGAUAAAAACAGUUUUAUC